AUUUCGUUGGUGUCUAUGUCGAAUACAAGCUCUGCACAAGGUGCUAGCAGCAGCGAGGACGGAGGUCAGCCGGCCGGUGCGGCAGUGGAGGCUGGCGCUGGUACGGGUGUGGAGACUGGAGCUGGUACCGAGACUGGAGUUGGAGCAAUGGUAGAGGUGGCGACGGGCGAGGAUGAUGGAGCCGGUCCGGUGAACAAGAAGCGGAAGCGUGGCGAGGAUGUGGGCAAAACGGGCGAGACGACGGCGGGCGAGGCCGUGUCGGCGUCGCCGGCUUCGACGACGCCCAACUUGCGGGUUGAUGGCUUUAUGUCGCACAGGGUCGAUACCAUGGCCAUGUACAUGUGCGGCGAGACGAUUGCGCAGCGGUUUGCCGAUGCAGGCAUCACCAAGGUGGUGACGGUCGAGACGGCCGGCAUCGUGACUGGCUUUGUCGUCGCGACCUGCCUCAACAUUGACCUUGUGUACGCUCGCAAGAAGCUGCUCCGUGGCCCUUUGCCGGCGUCGAUCAUCACCAAGCCAUACCGCCGCAAAGGCGCAGCGCUCCCGGGCAAGCUCUACCUCUCAUCCGAGUACUUUGAUGCCUCGGACGUCGUCCUCAUCGUCGACUCGUUCCUCGCCACCGGCCAUACCAUCCUCACCCUCGCCGAGAUGGUCAAGGAGACCGGAGCGACGGUCGGCGGUGUGGCGUGCAUGAUCGAAAAGGCGUGGAAGGCCGGUCGGCAGAGCCUGGCCGCCGCAGGCAUCUCACCCGUUGAGUCGCUAGUCGUCAUCGAGACCAUGGGCUUUGACACCGAGUCUAUUGUCUUUGCGUCCGAUGCCCGCGAUACCGUCGCCGGUGAGCUCCUGGUCGAGAACAUUGUCAAGAUGGCUGACGUUACUCCGGGGUACGAUGCGUAGCAGGUGAAGGGGAAGGAGACAGAGAAUGAGAGAGAGAGA